AUGGCUACAUCCUAUUGGCUUCCCACUGUUAAUAUGCUCCCUUCACUUGUUGAAUUGCAUUUGCCCUCUUGUAGACUUACCAUGCUUCCUCUCACUCUUCCUUCCAUCAAUUUCACAUCCCUUUUAGUUCUUGAUCUCUCUAAGAAUAAAUUCACCUCCACAAUACCUCCUUGGUUGUUCAAUCUCACUGAACUAGAGAUGUUGGAUUUGACAAAUAACAAUUUGACAGGAAAACUACUUGAUUCUUUGGGAUAUCUUAAAAGCUUGAGAUACCUCGACUUGUCGUAUAACUCAUUUCAGGGUUCAAUCCCAAAAUCGAUUGGAAAUUUAACAUCUUUGGAGGAGUUUGACCUUGCAUGGAAUCAAAUGAGUGGGAUCAUCCUAGAAAGUCUUGGGGAGUUCUCAUCACUGGUUUCACUUGAUAUCUAUGGCAACACAUGGGAAGGUGCCAUUACAGAACCUCAUUUUGCGAAACUUGGAGGCCUGAGAAGAAGCAUGGUUUCUGUAACAUUUUUGAAUCAUCUGAACCUGUCAUACAAUAACUUGUCCGGAAAAAUUCCAACGGGUAACCAGUUUCAGACCUUUGUUGACCCGUCAAUUUAUGAGGGCAAUGCCAGUCUUAGCAGGUGUCCAUUACCAAUUGGUUGCCAAGACAAUAAAGAAGCACCUCAAAUUCCAAGUGGAGAUGGAGGAGAGGAUGAUGAUAGUAAACUUGAAAAGCUACAGUUCAUCAUCAGCAUGGUGAUAGGUUUCUGUGCAGGAUUCUGGGGAGUUUUUAGGACUUUUGCCAUGAAGAGGUUUUGA